AGUUGAAGACAGAAUUACUAUCGAUUAACACCGGAUUAAGUCGUGAUAUAAGUAUAUCAGUAUAUAGGAUUCUAGUUUUCAAUUUAUAAAUGUGUAGCAGACACUUCAAAGGAUAAUAUAAUGGAAGGUGAUGUCAGAGUGUGGAUAUUCAUUGGUGUGUUUCUCACACUAAAAGGUAUGUGCCUUGGCCUGCAAUGUUGGCAGUGUUUGGCUGAUGAUUGUCAGGAAGAUCCUUCCAAGAACUACAAGGCAACUAAAAGAAAUUGUAAACCUGGGGAAUCAUGUCAGAAAGUGUACUAUGAGGUCCAUAGUUUGAUCGACAAGAGAGAUUAUGAUUCCACAGUAAGGAGCUGCUCUUCGGGACAAUGCGAGCCUCAGAACGACUUUCUUAAUUGCACAGAGGGCAUUAAACUAAAUCCAGGGUGUAUUAGACGAACUUGCUGUAAUGAUAGAGACUUAUGUAAUGCAGCUAUAAGAACUAUCCCAGAAAAGGAAUCACUAUUUAUGACCACCAUAGUAAUUUUGAUUAUUGGAAAAACUUUGCAAGUUUUACAAACUCGGUCUAUUUCACAUGAAAUGUGACAAACGUAAUAACUAUAUAAAUGAAUGUAUCAAUAAUGUAUUUCCUUGAUAUUAACAAAGAAAGAGAGGGAAAAUGCCUGAUGACAAACAAAUUGUAUUGAAAUGGGAAACUACAAAUAGAAUUUCAGACUUUUCAAUCAAGAUAUUACUUUACCUCACUUUUUCUAAUUAGUUGUCUGUAGAACUUUUGAAAUCACUUAUAGACAUCGUCCUUCUUAUCCGAACUUUAUAGUGUAUUAUUAAACACUUUUACAUAGCUUGAGAUAAAAAUAGGGUAUCCACGUAGCUCUAAUUUCAAUUUAAUAUAAAUAUAUGUAAUAAUAAUUCAAUAUAUAUUCACAUAGUCCAUGAAUGAAGAUGAAGGAUAGCUUUGUAUUUAAUGUCAAAUAAAACACGUAAUACAAGUCUGGAUUGCCCAUAAAAUGUAUAUUUAAUACCAUGUAUAAAUAGACAUUGUAAAUAUGAUGAAUAAGAAUCGUGU